AUGUUGUUUGUUUGUUGUUUGUUUUCUAUUUUUCGUCCGUCGGGGCGCCAAUGCUUACUGCCCUGGUGGCUUCGCCCUUGCUACUUCCUAACUAGGUUUGCAGGGCAGUUCUCUAAUUACAUGAUUGCGUGUAGCAAAGCACCUGCACUUUUUCAGCCAGUCCCCGAGGCUCUUUACUCAUUUGAUGUAUAA